GUUGUCUUGAAACAUUUCAGGACAACAAGAUUAUUAGUCGCCAUUUUGAUUUGUUUCCCUCGGGAGGCUUGCUGUUGCGUAGGCUAGCCCAGGAGCAGCGUAUCAGCUGCAGACUAUACAUCCGUCGCGUUUACAGCUGCGAGAUACGUGUGCUCUGCCAGCAGCUGCAAUGUCGAUCUCCGUGAAAGACCUCGAUCCCGCGUUCCAGGGUCUCAGCAACAAACCAGGGCUGGACGUGUGGCGUCUGGAUGGCGGUCAAGUGGUGGCCGUGCCGAAGGCCGACCAUGGCAAGUUCUUCACCAAAGACGCGUACAUUGUGCUCAAGACAUCGGGAUCGAAGCACGGCGGUGCGGUCACAUACGCCAUUCACUACUGGCUGGGGAAGUCGACGACUCAGGACGACGCGGCGCUGGCGGCGAUCAAGACGGUGGAUCUGGACGCGGCGCUGGGCGGCAAGGCGGCGCAGUACCGCGAGACGCAGGGCCACGAGUCGGACCUGCUGCUCUCCUACUUCCGCCCCUGCAUCAUCCCCACGCCCGGCUCCUGGGGGAAACCCGACGCCGAGGCCUCGCAGCCGCGCCUGCUGCAAGUCAAGGGCCGGCGGUUCAUUCACGUCAGACAGGUGCCGUUUGCCCGCGCGUCGCUGUCGCACUCGGAGAUCUUCGUGCUGGACACGCGCAGCAAGCUGUUCCAGUUCAACGGCGCCAACGCGAGCAAGCAGGAGCGCGUGAAGGGCAUGGAGGUCAUGCAGCUGCUGCAGGACACGCAGUAUGGUGGCCACGCCAGCAUCGCCAUCAUCGACGACGGCAAGCUGGACGACCCGGACUCGAACGAGUUUUGGGAGUUGUUUGGCGGCUUCGCGCCCAUCGCCAAGAAGAGCGCCAGCGAGGACGACGUCGAGGCCAAGCCUGUCCCGCCCACGCUCUACUGGGUGUCGGGCGACGGGCUGCAGGAGAUGGGGGCGGGCGCGCUGAAGAAGCUGCAGCUGGAGGGCAACAAGUGCUACCUCGUCGACAUGGGCCCCACCGUCUUCGUCUGGUUCGGCCGCAUCUCCUCCCUCGACGAGCGCCGCGCCGCCUGCAUCGCUGCCGAGACGCAGCUGGUGGUGGGCAAGAAGCCGCCGUCGGUGCACGUGGUGCGCAUGCCAGAGCGCUUCGAGCUGCCCGCCUUCAAGGCCUGCUUCUCCGACUGGCCCGUCGUGCCCGUGCUGGGCGGCGGGGAGGGCGGCAACAAGCUCAAAGCCAUGCUGAAGCAGAGCGGCGUGGUGGACAAGGCAGUGGCCAAGGGCGGUGCAGGGGGCGAUGAGGAGCACCCACCGCUGGCUGAGAUGCCGGGCGACCUCAAGGCGUGGCGAAUCACGGGCAGCACGAAGGCAGCGGUGGCGGCGGAGGAGGUGGGGAAGUUCCAUGCGGGCGAGAGCUACCUGGUGCAGCACACGUCCAUCCGCGACCGCAAGCACGAGUACCUGCUCUUCCUCUGGCUCGGCAAGGACACCGCUGCUGCGGAGCGCACAACAGCGACGGCCCUGGCUGUGCGAACCAUGGACGCCCUGCGAGGCAACGUCACUCUGGUGCGCGUGGUGCAAGGCAGGGAGCCCGAUCAGUUCCUCUCGCUCUUCAAGAAUCACCUGCUCUUCCUCAAGGGCAAGGCGGCAGGAGGGGGUGCGGACGCGUAUGAUGCGGCGGGCAUCGCGCUCUUCCGCGUGAGAGCGCGGGACAACGGGCUCAUCCUGGCCGUUCAGAUGGACACGGUACCCCGGUCGCUCAACUCAUGCGAGUGCAUGCUGCUGCAGACGCCUUCCAACCCCUUCCUCUGGGUGGGCAAGAACAGCUCCGAGGCCGACAAGGCCGCCGCCACCACGGCUGCUGAGAUCUUCAAGCCCGGGGUGGCGCUGAAGCAGCUGGCGGAGGGCAAGGAGACGUCGGUGUUCUGGGGGCACCUGGGCGCCAAGGGCGACUACCCCGCUGCCAGGGAGCAGCGCGAGGGGCAGAGGGACGCGCGGCUUUUCCACUACACCGGCACUGCAGCUGCUGCAAAGGUGGUAGAGGUGCCCAACUACGAGCAGGAGGAUCUCAUCAGCGAGGACGUGAUGCUGCUGGACACGCACACCGAGGUGUUCGUGUGGGUGGGGGUCAACUUGCCCGACAAGGAGAAAAAGGAGGCCUUCGACUAUGCACAGCGGUACGUGGAGCAUGCGGCGGGCAGUGAGGGGCGGUCACGGGACAGCACCAUCAUCCGCGUGGUGGAGGGCUUUGAGCCGCCCAUGUUCACCUGCCACUUCGCCUGGGACCCCACCAAGACCGCGGCCUUUGUGGACCCCCACGAGCGCAAGCUGGCGCACCUGCAGGGCAGGGAGGUGGAGCUGUCUGAUGCUGCCAAGCGCAAGUUGGCAACACUCGGUCUCGCAUCAUCCCACCCCGAUGCUGCUGCGGCCAGUGCUGCGGCUGCACCAGCAGAUGUUGAGCCUGCCCCAGCAGCACCGGCAGCAGAGGCGGCUGCUGCUGCUGCUGCCCCCACCCCCAAGGAGUCAGUUUCGUCUCAGAUGGCAGCAGCCAUGGCAGCCCUCAAGGGCAGCAUCAAGGGUGUCCCCACCAAGCCCGAACCUGCUGCUGCUGCUCCUGCUGCUGCCGCACCUGUUGCUCCAGUCACGCCCGAACCUGUUGCAGCUGCCGAGGCUGAGGCGCCCAUGUCUGCUGCUUCCCAGCGCGCUGCUGCUAUCGCUGCUCUCUCAGGCACUCUCACAGCAGAGAAGAGGAAGAGUGGAGGGGGAGCAGCGUACUCCAUCCCCAAGGCGCAAUCGCCAGCUGCCAUGGCCCAAUCCACGCCCGACCCUCAGCCUGCUGCCAGUCCCGCUGCUGCCACCCCCUCCUCCCCUGAGCCGGCCCCCAUCCCAGAGGGAGAUGAGCCCUCUGAUGUGUCGGGUGCAGAGGCCGCAGUGGAGGGGGCUGUGUACGCUCUGGAGAGGCUCACAGUCAACAGCACAGAUCCUGCUCCUGGCAUUGACACCAAGAAGCGAGAGGCCUAUUUGUCCGACGCUGAGUUCCAUGAGCUGUUUGGAUGUGACAAGGAGGCCUUCUACAAGCAGCCCAAGUGGAAGCAGGAUGCAAAGAAACGUUCACUCCACCUUUUCUAAGCACAGUAUUUCUACCUGAACUGGCCAAAACAGGGAAUGCAAAACGGCGUGUUUAUCCCCUGUAAUGCAUCUGUUUAGCUAGAUCGGAGAUGCUAGUGCCCUCCCCUACUUCUCCAGUAGUAUGUUAGGUACCUGCAUACAAGUUUAGGAAGUGUUCAUAUGCAUGGAGACUUGUUAUAUGAUACAGAUAAUGAUGAAAAUAGGUGCGUGCGAGC